AUGGAAUCCAUGUUCAAUAAGAUAAGUGAAAAUUCUAACAGUUCUCAGUUAAAUAAAAUAUCUGGUAUUGUGAAGUCGUCAGUUGGACAAAAAUUUAAGAGAAAAAGCAAUGAGGAACAAUUUAAAAUUAAUGAAAGUAUUUCAUUAAAGUUAGAUGAAGCAUCUGAAUCCAACAAUUUGCAAGAGGCACGCUCAAAAAUCGCGGAAGCGAAGACCAUGAUAACACACAGACAAAAGCUGAUAAGAUUGGCCGAUUCGUCCGAGCUAGGAUGGAAACUCGUAAAUGAAUAUGAGUCAAACCCUCUAGCCAGUGAUUCGGACGACGAAAAGCGUAUAUACAAAGCAGAGGCACGGGCCAACCGUAAAGCUAGAGCGGAAAAGGUUAAGAGACGAUCCCAGUUUAGGACAGCACCUUAUCGUAGGAUCGAGCCUAGCAGAAUUGAUCAAAGCCCACGACAGCAAAACCAAAGUCAGCAAAAUUCAAGACGUUUGCCAGGGUUAUGUUUUGCUUGCGGAAAACCAGGUCAUUGGAAGGGAUCACAAGAAUGCCCAAUGACCAAUACUAACAAUAAGAUAAGUACUUAUUUUUGCAAUAAGAUUUGUAAGCAAAGUUCGGAAAACUUUUCAGGUGUCACCAAAGGUUUAGAGCAAGAAACAAAAGGUGAGAAUCUUUCGAAAAAUAAGUUUGAUAAUAAGUCAGAAGACUUUCAGAAUUCCGGAAAUGAAAGAGAUCAAAAACAGGUAAAAUCACCAGUAGGUAGGCUGAAAGAAUGUUUUACCGAAUGGGAAAGCGCAACUAGCAGUCUUUUUAUCAAAAAUAUAUUGUAA